CCCGCCUCUCCCGGUCCCACCUUUUUCUCGGCCCCGCUCCACCCACAGAGUCCGAUGGCGGUGGCCUCGCAGAGGGAACCGUCUCAGGGUACUGUGACCUUUGAAGACGUGGCCGUGCACUUCUCCUGGGAGGAAUGGGGUCUCCUUGAUGAGGUUCAGAAGCGCCUGUACCAUGAUGUGAUGUUGGAGAACUUGGCACUUAUUACCUCUCUGGGAUGUUGGUGUGCAGCAAAGGAUAAGGAGGCAACUUCUCAACAGAGCAUUUCUGCACAAGGAUUGUCACAGGUUAGGACUCCCAAAGCUCAUCCUUCUCCCCAGAAGGCCAGCCCCUGUGAGAUAUGUGGCCUGGUCUUCAGAGACAUUUUGCACUUGGUUGAGUACCAGGGAUCACGUCAUGGGCAGAAACUGUACAUGGAUGGGGCAUGUGAGAAAUGGUUACAAUUCACUACAUACCUUCAUCAGCACCAGAAACAGCACAUUGGAGAGAAAGGCUUCAGGAGCAACAUGGGCAGAGACUCCUUUCAGAGCAGCUGCAAAUUGCAAGUAUCCUGGAAGCCCUUUACCUGCAGAGAGUUUGGGAAGGAUUUUCUGGCCAGCUCCAGAUUUCUCCAGCAACAGUUUACUCAUACUGGGGAGAAGUCAAAUAGCAGAACUGAGAGUACAGUGGCCUUUCACAGUGUAAAAAGUCAUUACAACUGGGGAGAAUGUAUGAAAGCUUUUAGCUACAAACACACACUUGUUCAGCACCAGAGAGUCCUCAGUAGGGAAAGAUGUUACAAGUGCAAUGAAUGUGGCAAAUUUUUUGGCACAAGCUAUAGCCUCAGUGAUCAUUUGAGAGUUCACACUUCAGAAAAGCCUUAUGAAUGUGGGGAAUGUGGGAGAUCCUAUAGGCAGAGUUCUAGCCUCAUUACACACCAAAGAGUUCACACUGGAGUAAGACCUCAUCAAUGUGGUGAAUGUGGAAAAUUAUUUAGCAGGAAGUAUGACCUCAUUGUACAUCAGAGAGUUCACACUGGUGAAAGGCCUUAUGAGUGCAGCGAAUGUGGGAAAUCCUUCAGCCAUAGCUCUAGCCUCAUUACACACCAGAGAAUUCACACUGGAGCAAGACCUUAUGAGUGCAGUGAGUGUGGGAAAUCCUUUACCUAUAGCUCUAGCCUCAUUACACACCAGAGAAUUCACACUGGAGCAAGACCUUAUGAGUGCAGUGAAUGUGGGAAAUCCUUUAGCCAGAGCUGUCACCUCAUUAAACACCAGAGACUUCACACUGGAGAAGGGCCUUAUGAGUGUAGUGAAUGUGGGAAAUUUUUUAGCUAUAGCUCCCGUCUCUUCCAACACCAGAGAGUUCACACUGGAGUAAGAUCUCAUGAGUGUGAUGAAUGUGGGAAAUUAUUUAGCAGGAAGUUUGACCUCGUUAUACAUCAGAGAGUUCACACUGGAGAAAGGCCUUAUGAGUGCAGUGAAUGUGGAAAAUCCUUUACCUGCAAAUCCUACCUCAUUACACAUUGGAAAAUUCACACUGGAGCAAGGCCUUAUGAGUGUGGGGAAUGUGGGAAAUCAUUUACCCAUAGCUCUACACUCCUUCAACACCAGAGAGUUCACACUGGAGAAAGGCCUUAUGAGUGCAGUGAAUGUGGGAAAUCCUUUAGCCAGAGCUCUAGUCUCAUCAGACAUCGGAGAAGUCACACAGGAGAAAGGCCUUAUGUGUGCAGUGAAUGUCAGAAGUCUUUUAGCCACCACUCUAGCCUCAUUAAACACCAAAGAGUUCAUACUGGAGAAAGGCCUUUUGAGUGCAGUGAAUGUGGAAAAUCCUUUAGCCAGAGCUCUAACCUCAGUGAUCACCAGAGAGUUCACACUGGAGAAAGGCCUUAUGAGUGUAAUGAAUGUGGGAAGUCCUUUACCUUCAGCUCUAAUCUCCUGAAACACCAGAAUAUUCACAAGGGAUAAGGACCUUUAGGUAACACAGGUGGGGCUGUCAUAGACUGAAAAGUCUCUAUAGUAUUUAUAUAUUCAGUUGCUAACCCCCAAUGUAGGUGUAUUUAUAGAUAGGGCCUUUAAGGAGGUAAUUACAGUUAAAUGAGGUUAUAACGGUGGGGCCCUAAUUAAAUAUGAUCGGUGUCUUUAUGAGAAGAAGAGACACCAGAGGGCUGCCUCUGCACAUGUACAGAGGAAAUUUCAUGUGACAACACAGCAUGAAGACAGUCUGCAAGUCAGAAAGAGAGCCCUCACCAGAUCCUGACCAUGCUGAUGUCCUGACCUCAGAAUUCCACCAGCCAGGGCUAUGAUAAAAUAAAUUUUGUUGUUUAGGCCACCCA